AAAACACACACUCUUUAUAUACAGUGGCUUGUCGUUUUGGCUAUAUUUUUUGUCUUUGUUUUAUACUUGUUGGAUUGAAUGGACAGCUCAUAUCACAAAAACAAAAAUCAUAAAUAUAUUGGUUACCAAUUUGGAUUUGAUCAAGUCGUUGCCUAUUUGAUUUUUUUUUUAAUCAUUAACAAUCGUCUAUCGAACAAAGGUUAGGAUUUGGGAUUUGGAUUUUUAUUGGAUAUUGACGUUUUAUAGCCAAUCAUCAAAAAUGAUGUUUGCCAUUCAAAUGUUUUGAUGUGAUCAUCUUCUAUUAUACAUCGAUUAUCGUUCAUCAUUGAAUGAAUAGCACCGUAUUUGUAACCAAAGAUCAAUCAUCAUACCAAAUAUUUGCUAUCCAACAAAUAUCAAGUUAAUCGAUCAAUCGAUAUCACAAUAAGCUAGGCGUUUUUCAUCCACAUUUCAAAAUCAAAUAUUUUAUCAUAUUCAUAGCAUCCAUUUGGUCUCAUCAUCAUCAUCAUCAUCACCAUCAUCAUCGAUCAUUUGUUCAUUGUUCAUUCUUUUGAUAGAUUCUAAAUCAAAAUUUUUAAAAAAAGAUGGCCUGGACUAAAUAUCAAAUAUUUCUGGCAGGAUUAAUGAUCAUUACUGGAUCGAUUAAUACAUUAGCUACCAAGUGGGCUGAUGAUAGUGAAUCAAAAGGUCGUGAUGGUAAAGUAAAAAAAUUUAAUCAUCCAUUUCUACAAGCAGUGUCCAUGUUUUUUGGUGAAUUUCUUUGUUUUUUGGCCUAUAAACUAAUGUUUCAUUAUUAUAUGCGACGUAAUGAAAAUGAUGAAGAAAAAUUACCUUAUUCAAUUAAAGGCAAUCGAAAAUUUAAUCCAUUCAUAUUUAUGAUACCAGCAUUAUGUGAUAUGACGGCCACAUCUGUCAUGUAUAUUGGUUUAAAUAUGACAAGUUCAUCCAGUUUUCAAAUGUUACGUGGUGCACUCAUCAUAUUUACCGGAUUGUUUUCCAUAAUAUUCUUAAAACGACGUCUUCGAUUAUAUCAUUGGGUCGGAAUGUUUUUGGUUACCGGUGGUUUAGUUAUUGUCGGUUUGAGCGAUAUGUUGGCCAAAAAGACUGGUGAAUCUGGUGAAUCAAAUUCGAUAAUCGGUGAUGUACUUAUUAUGUUGGCACAGAUUGUCGUUGCAACACAAAUGAUUGUUGAGGAAAAGUAUGUUUCUGGUUCGAAUGUAUCACCAUUACAGGCCGUUGGUUGGGAAGGUAUAUUCGGUUUCAUUACAUUAUCUCUGCUAUUAGUGCCGAUGUAUUUCAUCAAAGUUGGUGGCAAAAUGUUCGAAACAAAUCCAAAUGGUCAAAUUGAGGAUGCUAUUGAUGGUUUCUAUCAGAUUUUCAAUAGCUGGGAAGUUGCAAGUGGCAUUUCGGGAACGAUCAUGAGCAUAGCAUUCUUUAAUUUUGCUGGCAUAUCAGUCACUAAACAAUUAUCGGCUACUACUCGUACUGUAUUGGAUUCAGUUCGAACGAUUAUCAUUUGGGUAUUUAGUCUGGCAAUUGGUGAGGAAUAUUUUUCCCUGUAUAAAUUGGGUGGAUUUUUCGUAUUGCUUAUUGGCAUGGCAAUCUAUAACAAUGUAUUCAAUGGAUUAUGCAGUAAUAAUACCGAAACAUUGAUUAUUACGGAUGAUGCUGAAGGUGAAGAAGCUGAUGGUGCCCAUUCACAGGAUAUCAUUUCCUAGUCGAAUAUCUUGUCAGCUUUCUUUUCAAUUAAUCAACUACCACCACCCACAUUAAUGUAAAAAAAAAAAAAAUCUCGUUUUGUCAUUUUUUCAUUUGAUAAUGAUUUGUAGACAUUAUUAUGUCCAUGUGAUUCCAUUAUCAUUUUUUUUAUCACCAUAUUUACAUUUUUGGAUACAUAUUCUCUUUUUUAAAAAAAAUUAACUCACUCAUCAUCAUCACACACACACACACACACACACAUGUAAUCAUCGAUCAUCGAACUUAGUUCAAUAAUUUUUUUUUUUUUUCAUCAUUUCAAAACAAAAUAGAUAGAUUACACUUAUUUUCAAUUAACAGAUGGAAGCACUUGACGGUAUUUU